AUUUGUUAAAAUGAUUUAUCAUUAUUUUCGACAUCGUUAAAUCCUAACAUUUUUCUUAAACUAACAUAAAGUAUUCAUUAUACUAAAUGGUGAUGUCUAACUGACUUAGGUUCCAAAAAACUUUUCAAUUAACAUACAUCAAAUAUAUAAUCAUAAUUGUCUGUCUGAAAAAAUUCUAUAAAAAUGAAUCGAUUUUCUAGCCAUUUUCUAAUAUUUUUAAUUAUUAUUAGCUUUGUAGAGCUAUCUUAUUGUUGUGGUCCUCACAAUGAUCCACUCGAAACUGAAGGAGUUCAUCCCGACUGGUUUGCUGCAAUUUUUUCUACUCCAAAACAAAAUUCAUCGAAGAUUGAUUAUGAAUUUAAGUGUUUAGGUGCUGUGGUUAAUCCAAAAGUUGUAGUGGUCUCUGCAUUAUGUGUACCAAUGGGAUUUCAAGAUGUCACAUCAGUUCGAUUUUAUAACUGGAGUCACAACAGAAACAUAACUAAACAUGUAGCUUAUGAAGAACGUUCCGUAUCAGAAAUGAUGAAUUUUCAGCAACUGAACCCGGGUGAAGUAGGAAGAAACGAUGUCAACUUACUAAUACUUUCUGAAUCAAUACAUUUAAAUUCAUUCGUCACUGUCAAAAAUACUGGUUCAUAUAUUUACGAACACAAAUAUCGUGAAGAUGCAGGUGAUCCAACUCGAUGCAUUUUCAUAGAUACCAAAGGAAACAUGCACAAUGGUUAUGAAGUUCAAUUUGAGUACGUUUAUUCCAUCACCAAACCACAAUGCUGUAAAUUUUUUGGAUAUACAUACUCAGAACAUGUUCCAUUUUCUCCACAUGCUGACAAAUAUUUUAUUAUUGAUGACAAAUGUAAAGUAUUUCUAUUCGAAAUGAACUGCUUUCAAAUCUAUCAUCCCGAUAAUCAGUCAUAUUCACAUUAUAAUCCAUUAAUAUGCCCAGAUUACGAACAGAAUCCGUAUCUGUAUGGAUUUUUAAUUAAUAGGACGAAUGAUCACGUCAAAGUUUCAACUUUUUCAGAAAAUAACCCAUGGAUUAAUGAAGAAUUAAAAAAAUAUCCUUAAUUUAAAUAUAUUUUUUAUCAAUCACAUUACAGAAAUGAAAUGAUAAUUUCAAUUGAAAAUAAUAUAAUGUGCUAUUAAUAUAACUGUUUUAAC